AGAUUGUCUUAGCCUCUGUGCCUAUUAGGGUUUUUUUCUCUUUCCCGCGUCGGCGGACGUUAACGACGAUGGCAGCAGAAGGGAGGGUAAAUUCGGUUCAAUGCUUCGGCCGCAAGAAGACGGCUGUUGCCGUGACCCACUGCAAGGCCGGCAAGGGCUUGAUUAAGAUUAACGGUGUCCCGAUCGAGCUCGUGAAGCCGGAGAUCCUCCGGUACAAAGCCUUUGAACCCAUCCUCCUUGCCGGAGUUGAACGCUUUCGUGGCGUCGAUAUGCGCAUCCGCGUACGUGGUGGUGGUAAGACCUCUCAGAUCUACGCCAUCCGCCAGAGCAUCGCGAAGGCUCUCGUCGCGUACUACCAGAAGUACGUAGACGAGCACUCCAAGAAGGAGGUAAAGGACAUCUUCAUAAGGUACGACCGCACGCUUCUCGUCGCCGAUCCGCGGCGCUGCGAGCCCAAGAAGUUUGGUGGUCGCGGUGCUCGGGCAAGGUUCCAGAAAUCUUAUCGUUAGGUCUGCUGUUGGGUCGGUUGGGAAUGGAGUCGUCUCAUCCUUAUUCUCGUUUUUUUGCAAGUGGAAUUAUAUAACAUUAUCUUAUUUGAAAGAACUUGAUGUCAAUUUUGUUUAUGGAACUAAAAAAUUUGUUCUCCUGCAUGAUGUUAUUUUUCAUUUCUUCAA